CAUGGUGUCGCCGGCGGCGCGGCUGGUGGGGCAGGGCGUGUGGGCGGCGCUGACCGGGGGCUGGUACCACGACCCGGAGCAGGGCGCCUUCACCAACAGCUGCCACCUCUAUCUGUGGCUGUUCCUGCUGACGCUGCCCAUGGCCCUGCACUUGGCUUUUCCAGCAAAUGGGGUGACAGUUUUUGUGUACUGCAGCUCGGUGACAGUUUUCUUCACGGUAAUAAAGGUGAUCAGCUACCGUUUACACCUUAUGUUUGAUAAAGGCGAAGUAAUUCAACAAAAGCUCUCAAGAAAAAAUGGAAGGCAAUGUAAAGAUACAGAGGUUCAAAAAGGAGAAGCGGUUGAAUCCUCAAAUUGUAGCCAUAACUCGGGGGAUCCCGCCGUCGGUGAGACCAGCCCAAACGGCUCUACCCAGACAAUUCCUGACAGUUCCAGAGUGCCAACCCAGCACUCACAGGACUCCCCUGGAGCCACGGACCUGCCAACACGGGAAACUAUUGAAGAUCUUAGAGGUGUUAUGGUACUAGAAGAUCAGGCUACACCACCAGUUUCAUCUACCUCACCCUGUAUCAAAGCAGAUAUAUUACCUGUUUCUACCACCUCUGGUUCAGGUGCCACCACAUCAGCAAUAGCAACAAAACCAGCUGCUAUGGAACCAUUUCCUGGUGAUGGAAUAAAGGAAAAAGGAUUAAAUGGACAGCCUUGUGGGCACCAUGGAUCCCAAGAUAUUCUUGUGGACAGAGACGUAGCUAAAAACUUCUCCAAUAUUUCUUCAUCACAAGGUGAUAUUUUAAGGACUGGAGUUUCUUCAGAGCCAUGGGACAGUGAAAAUUCAGUUAUUUCAGACCAUUUAAGUUAUCCUAAAAGCUACAAAAGAGAGAAAUUGCCAGAUGGAUCACCACAGACAGGCUUUACCAAGAACUGCCCACAGUGCAGUGCUGUUGCAACCAAAGAGCAUGAGCAGAUGGAAAGCUCUUGCGAUGCUGGUAAUAGCCAUGAGGCCCUUGAUUGCUCAGACAGUGAGACUGCUGUUGCAGUUGUGGACAAUUCUCUUCCUGCAGACCAGCUGUGUGAGCCCAUUAAAAUUGUCAUCACAAUGAGUACUACACCUAACACCACCCUUAGUGACCUACCAGGCUCUGUCCGCUUACAGGCCCUGGAAAGUGAGAGAACAAGCUCAGCCCUUGACUCUGGUGUAGUUAGAGCAGGAUGGUCAAGUCAGCAAACUAAUGAACAGCUCAGAAUCCCUGUUAUCACAUUUGACCUGUCUGAUGACAGUAAAACUAAGCCUUGCUCAGAAGUUACUGAAAGUGACAGAACUCCAGAAAUGUUGAGGGCAGAGCUGUCAUCCAACCAAUGCUCUGGCUAUGAAUCUGGUGAUGCAGUAAAGGAACUCAGCAACCCAGCAAAUACACCUCUAGAAACUAACACUUGUUCAGAUCCAAAUCAGGAAAAUGCUUUGGAAAAUGUCCAGACUGUGGAUUUAAGUUCUAAGGAAGACUUGCAUAACCUAGACCCGCAGUCCUGCAGAACUGCUCAUGAAAAGAGGCACAUGCGCGUGUUGAGUGUAGACAGUGGGACAGAUGUGCUUUUAAGUAAGAAUUUCGUGGAGGUAUCUGACAAAGAAAAGACCUUACCGACCUCUAAAUCAGAUCUAGAAGCUAAAGAAGGUCAGAUGCCCAAUGAAUCUAACUUUCUAGAAUUUGUCUCCCUCUUGGAAUCCAUUAAUACCUCAAAGAUGAAGACAUCUAAUCAAUCCACUGUCAAAAUGGAGACAACAAAGGAAAAUGGGCUUGUUGGAGAUAGCCAGAUGACGGAGAGAAAAGAAGAAAUGGUGGGAACAGAAAAGCACUGUGAGCAACUUCCUAAACAGGAAAGAUCAGAUGUACAAAGCCAAGAUCGUGCUAGUACUAGUCCGGUGCUACCAGAGUCUGCCAAAUUUGCAGCACUUUACCAGGGCAGCAGGCAAAGGCAGAUAAUCUACCGGGUAACUUCUCAGCAAGACAGUUCUGUCUUGCAAGUAAUAAGUGGACCUGAGGCGUCUGUGCAAGAUGAGCUCUCCGUGGAUGCCAUGCACGUGUUCAUAGAUGAAAACGGGGAAAUCAGAUCCUGCUAUUUAAAAGCUGGCUGUCAGAAGGAAGGAAAUUUUAGACAUCAGCUAUCAAAUUGUGAUUGUAUGUCAAAUGCUCAUGAAAUACAGUUCAGCUCCUCCAGUACUACCACUUCAGAGAGCCAAGAGCCAUCUUCUGGGGAUCAAGCAGCCAGUGCGCUUCAGCAGCAGCUCCUGCUGAUGGUGGCCAGAAGGACCCUUUCAGAAAACCCACGGCAGCCCAGCCAGGACCCUGAGGAUUCUUCAUGUUCUUCAGCACAAAGGAAGCUGAACAGGCAGUUUUACAGAUUUGUUAUAUUCCCUGGCAAGUGGAUUAAAGUCUGGUAUGACCGUCUUACCUUGUUGGCAUUGUUGGACAGGACAGAAGAUAUAAAGGAAAAUGUGUUUGCUGUCCUUUUAGUAGUUCUUGUUUCACUUCUUGGGUUCCUGACUCUGAACCAAGGCUUCUGUAAAGACAUUUGGGUUCUGUUGUUCUGUCUCGUAAUGGCCAGCUGCCAGUAUUCUCUCCUCAAGAGUGUUCAGCCUGACCCUGCUUCGCCCAUACAUGGACACAAUAAAAUCAUAAUCUACAGCAGACCUGUAUAUUUUUGUAUAUUGUGCGGCCUUAUUUUGCUGCUAGAUGCUGGAUCUAAAGACACAAAUCCUCCUGUUUAUACAAUGUAUGGCCUGAAGCUCUUCUCACCCAGGUCCCUCCAGUCAGCCAGAGACCAUGUAAUAGUGUUUUUAUAUUGCUUUCCUGCAAUUUCUCUUCUUGGACUUUUCCCUCAAAUCAAUACCUUCUGCAUAUAUCUUUUGGAACAAAUAGAUAUGUUGCUUUUUGGUGGUUCUGCUGCUGCUGGGUUUGUGUCUGCAUUGUACAGCAUUUCCCGAAGCUUUGUUGUUCUGAUUGUCCUCUAUGCCUUCUGCUUCAGUGCAGUGAAGGAGCCCUGGGAUGCACAGCACAUUCCAGCACUGUUCUCUGCUUUCUGUGGUCUGCUAGUUGCACUUUCUUAUCACCUCAGCAGACAAAGCAGCGACCCAUCUGUGCUGAUGUCCCUUAUUCAGUGUAAAUACGUCCCUCACUAUCUACGCCAGCGAUUUGAAGAUUCAUCAGAAGAUCCACUCCCAGAAAAAAUGAGAGAAUCAGUGAAAGAAAUCUUGAAAUCGGAUCUCAUUGUCUGCACAGCAGCUGCUGUUCUGUCAUUUGCUGUCAGUGCCAGUACUGUGUUUCUGUCACUAAGGCCAUUUCUCAGCAUUGUGCUGUUUGCUUUAGCGUGGACAGUGGGAUUUGUAACACAUUACAUCCUUCCUCAGCUCCGCAAGCAUCACCCCUGGCUGUGGAUCUCCCACCCCAUACUCAAAAGCAAAGAACACCAGCAGCGGGAAGUGAGAGAUGCUGCUCAUUUGAUGUGGUUUGAAAGGCUUUAUGUGUGGCUACAGUGCUUUGAGAAAUACAUUUUAUAUCCAGCCAUAAUACUGAAUGCACUCACCAUUGAUGCUUUCUCAAUUAGUAAAUACAAGAAGCUUGGUACACACUGUGACAUUAUCCUGAUAACAGUUGCUGGGAUGAAACUCCUCCGCUCCUCAUUCUGUAAUCCUAUUAAUCAGUUUGUUACUUUGAGCUUUACUGUGAUCUUCUUCCGAUUUGACUACAGAGACAUUUCGGAAAAUUUCUUGCUGGAUUUCUUCAUGAUGUCCAUUGUGUUUCAUAAGCUGUGGGACCUACUGCAGAAGUUGCAGUUCAUCAUGACAUACAUUGCUCCCUGGCAGAUUGCCUGGGGGUCAUCGUUCCAUGUUUUCGCUCAGCUCUUUGCAAUACCUCAUUCUGCUAUGCUUUUUUUUCAAACUCUGGCCGCUUCAGUCUUUUCUACACCACUCAGUCCAUUUCUGGGUAGUGUCAUCUUCAUCGCAUCGUACGCACGACCAGUCAAGUUCUGGGAGAAAAACUACAACACCAAAAGAUCAGACCAUUCCAACACCAGACUGGCAAUUCAGAUUGAAAAGGAUGCAGGAAAUGAUGACAAUAAUCUCAACUCCAUUUUUUAUGAGCAUUUGACAAGAUCUCUGCAGGAGUCUCUUUGUGGAGAUUUGAUCCUGGGCCGCUGGGGGAACUACAACACAGGAGACUGUUUUAUUCUGGCAUCAGAUUAUUUAAAUGCCUUUGUGCACUUGAUUGAAAUUGGAAAUGGCCUUGUCACCUUUCAGCUCAGAGGGCUCGAAUUUCGAGGGACAUACUGCCAGCAGAGAGAGGUGGAAGCUAUAACAGAAGGAGAUGAAGACAACGAAGGCUGCUGCUGUUGCAAGCCCGGGCACUUGCCCCACCUGCUGUCGUGCAAUGCAGCCUUCAACCUGCGCUGGCUGACGUGGGAGAUCACCCGGAGCCAGUACAUCCUGGAGGGAUACAGCAUCAUCGACAACAACGCCGCCACCAUGCUGCAAGUGUUCGACCUGCGCAGGAUCCUCAUCAGAUACUACAUCAAGAGUAUAAUAUACUUUACAGCAAGUUCUCCCAAAAUCCUGGAGUGGAUAAAAGAUGAAUCCAUCCAGAAGAUUCUGCAGCCUUAUGCAAAGUGGCAUUAUAUUGAGCGUGACCUUGCCAUGUUUAACGUUAACAUAGAUGAAGAUUAUGUUCCGUGUCUCCAGGGAAUAACAAGGGCUAGCUUCUGCAGUGUUUAUCUGGACUGGAUUCAGUUCUGUGCCAGGAAAAGGGUGGAGCACCUGGACAGCGAUGAGGAUUCUCCUCUAGUGACGCUUUCCUUUGCCUUGUGUAUUCUGGGUCGGAGAGCUUUGGGAACUGCAUCUCACAAUAUGGCCAUCAGCCUGGACUCUUUUCUUUAUGGGCUCCAUGCGCUGUUUAAAGGAGACUUCCGGAUAGCAGCCAAAGAUGAGUGGGUCUUUGCUGACAUGGAUCUGCUGCAUAAGGUUGUUGCCCCAGCAAUCCGAAUGUCUCUGAAGCUGCAUCAGGACCAGUUCACGUGCCCAGAUGAGUAUGAGGACCCAGCAGUUUUGUACGAAGCCAUCCAAUCCUUUGAAGAAAAGGUUGUGAUUUGUCACGAAGGGGACCCGGCCUGGCGCAGCGCAGUCCUGUCCAACCGGGAGGAGCUGCUGACUCUCAGACACGUGGUAGAUGAAGGAGCAGAUGAAUAUAAAGUUAUCAUGCUCCACAAAAGCUACCUGAGCUUCAAGGUGAUCAAGGUCAACAAGGAGUGUGUCAGAGGGCUUUGGGCUGGCCAGCAGCAGGAACUGAUUUUCUUACGCAAUCGUAACCCGGAGAGAGGAAGCAUCCAGAACAAUAAGCAGGUGUUGCGGAACUUAAUUAAUUCUUCAUGUGAUCAGCCACUGGGAUAUCCAAUGUAUGUUUCCCCCUUAACCACCUCGUACCUUGGGACACACAGCCAACUGAGGAACAUUUGGGGGGGACCUGUCAGUUUGGACAACAUUAAAAAGUGGUUCAAAUCCAAGUGGUUAAGAAUGCGAAAGGACUGCCAUGCAGCAGCUCACCACGAGAGAGGGAAUGUUGAAGAGGUGGAUAGUGCAGGGGGGUCUUCAUCUAGCAACAAUUCCACAGGGAAUUCAAGCCAGAGCAGUAGCUCACAGCCCACCAGGGAUGGAACCCCUCAGCUGCAAACUUCAUCUCAAGAGGUCCACCAGCGGGCAGGCAGGCGAAAACCCAGGAGUCAGUCUGUCCAGGCACACACCGCUUUAAACCAAAGGCCCCCUGCUUCAAGUCACUCUGGACCAAUUGUAGAAAGCCGGCAGCCUUUCAUCCAAACAUCGACAUCUGCCCACGAAAUUGCCCAAAGGCUUUCUAGUAGUCAGCUAUCAUUCCACAACUCUGCAACAUCUGUGUUUUCUCAGUCCCCUGCUGUUCCUGUUGCUGGCCAGCUGACUGUGCAGGACCGAGCUGCAGCAAUGCUCAGGUCCAGCCUGGCCUCCUCCACCAGCUCAACUCUCAGCCUGCUGUUCGGCAAGAGAAGUUUUUCAAGUGCUUUGGUGAUUUCUGGGCUCUCUGCUGCAGACGGAGGCAACACGAGCGACACGCAGUCAUCCAGCAGUAUGAACAUUGCCAUGGGGCCGUCUGCCAGAGCAGCAAGCCAGGCAGCUCGGCAAGUCACUGAGACCUGUGAAGCAACAGAUACUACAGAGCCAAGAGCCCAGCGGGAGGCGGGUCCGGCCCAUGCGCUAUUCAUGAGUCAGAACCUGGAGUGCAGGAGGGCCAGCCAAGAAGAUAUGGCCCUGGAAGACACCGCUUCUCAGCAGAGCCUGUCUGAGGAGCAGUGAGGAGCAUCCCUAGCACAAGGGCCACGCGCUUCUUAGCAUUAAAUACAGAGUUACGUCAGGAAGCUGCACAUGGGUUUAGGUUCUUUCCAAUGUAAUAAGCAACCUUCAAAUGUUUAUUUUUCUAACUUCCACAAGAAUAAUACAGGGCAGAUGUUCUUCAGCUAAUGGCCUUGGUAUGGGUAGGGUUGGAAAAUAUCCUAAAAAAUACACAGUGCCACUUCAUCUCAGGUUCUUGUAAAUCCUAGAACAAUGAAUACAACCUGUUUAACGUUCCUUCCCUUGGAACGGUUAGGAUCACAAACGAAUACAGUAGGAAAUAUUAAUAAAACUCAGUGAAAAGCACACAAAAGACAUCUCUUUCCUGCCAUAACUAAAGAGCUGAAUUGCAUGCAAGCUAAUUGAAAUUUGGUAUAUAACAUAUACAAGAGGCAACUAGGAACAGAAGCAAUGAAUACAUAAAAGGACAGUACAGUGUCCUGUUACAUUAGAGCUAAAUCUGAUUUUAUUUUUCCAACAGCAAAUCUCAUUUUUCUUUGACGUAUUAUGCAGGUGCUAAUGCUGAAUAGCAACACAGCAUCUCAGACUGAUAUACUGCAUGCAGCCAUACUGAAAUACUGUGUGAACGAGCCACGCUACACCAAUUAACAAAAGUGUACGAAGAGAAAGUAUCCAGUGCAUGGAAAGUCUUCAGAGCAUAUGGUGCACCUUAUUUGCAAAGCAGCUUUGCAUAAAUUAGGUAUUAUCUCGUGCUCCUGUUUGGUUUACAGCAGUGUUUCUCAAAUUCUAAGCAACAGUACCCUUAGGAGUCGCAAAAGGACCAUGGGGAAUCCUCCUCAAGGACAGAAAUGUGCAAAGCAGGCUGUAAUUACUGUCUGAAAGUGUUUGUGUUAGGAAGGGAACAGCUAAAUACCUUUAAUUGCUGGACACAGCUCACUGUCCAUAAACACUUGUAGCCAGUAAUUACAAAGCCUUUUGAUUUCCCUCCCCCAGAGAAAACUGAGCUGCUGCCAAUAAAGAUGGAUGAUACAAAAAGGGAGGCCAUGCCAUACAAGGUUUGAGAAACACGAAUUUACAGGAAUGCAUGACUACUUUGAAACCCAAAAGGCUACAACAAAUCCUUCCUCUACUACAGAGUCUAAACAAACACGUGUAUGAUUUUUUUUCAAUUAAAAAAAAAUUGCAGCUA